UAGAUGUCUCGAGACGGAGUCGGCGGCGUCGUCACUUGGCGGCUAUCUUAGGACAGGGGACUGCUCUGGCGCACUGUACUGUAGUCAAUGGUAAGGUGGAUGAUGUCCUCACUUUAACACUCAUAACUCGCUCAAUUCUUGAUUGAUUUACAAACGGUUUAGUUUAUUACAAACCUUAUUAACGGGGCUAUGAUUCAGGCUCAAUUCCGAAAUCGCAGCUUUUCGUUUUGAAAAAUGUGGCAUAGUUGUGUGUCUUUUCUGCCUGGCUACUCACAUUGAAGAUGGUGUUACUCACAAUCUGAUUUUCAAUUAUUAGGUUUUCCUGAGACCAACGUUUUUUGAGAACCUAAUCUUUGGGCGAAAUUACAUUCUUUGUGGUUGUGGUUGUAUUUAUUUGCUUGUUAAGAGACUUUGAUUGAGACCUUAGACUUAUUGUUUGUAUACAUCUAUGCCUGGAUUAGUUAGCCUGCAGCCGAAAUGCAUUGUGGGUAAUGUAGGCACCGGGUUCAUGAAAAGAAAAGACAUCUCUUUUUGUUGUGCAUUGAUUUUGGUUGAGCUUUGUUUUUAUCUGUGCAUUAGAAAGCUGAUAGUAAUAAAAAAAAGUGCAAUGCUAAAUAUUAAAAUUACAUUUACAUCCAUUUAUGCUGAAAAAAACUGAUAUCUGUGUUCAUUAUUAUAUGAAUUCAAUGGUUUUAAUAAUUCUUAUGUAAGCAGUAAAACAAGUACAUCUCUGAUGUUUAUAACAAACCAAGCUGUUGUAAAAUCGGUUGAAAUUUGAGCAAUCUACGGUGAUUUUAAAAUCCAUGCUCCAUUGACUUUAAUGUUAUGAGUGAUCGAGCAGCCCUGUCCCAAGAUGGCCGCCAUGUGGCGACGUUGCUCCCCAUAGGCUGACAGCGCUCAUGAGCCAUCUCGUGUUUGUAUAUAUCUAUGGCGUCGCCAGCCAUGUGCAAAUGAACCGGAAGUACAAAUGAGAAAUGAGAGGUCAUGUUUCCUGCUGGUUUAAUUAACCGAAAAAAUGAACAAACUGUAAUUAAAACUUGAUGCAAAUGAGAUGAACACGAGAAAAAUGUAAAAGAAAAGUCACUAGAGCUUGAUAAAAUACAUACAUACCAAAAAUACACACAGAGACUCAGCUCAGGGCUUUGAAGGGCUUUAACAUAUGUUUAGAAGGACAGAAGAACAUGUACGGAACAAUUUUAUGUAUUAUUUUAUGCAUUUUUCUUACUUUUGAUGAAUAAAUAAAUAUCCAAGGCUGUUCAUAAAACAUUUGGGGCUAUAGUUAAUAGUUUUGGUCUCCCAGGUCUGACAACACCACUGAUUUAUAAAGUACAUUUGCCGUUGUUUAAAGCACACACUUAAAACAGAAAUUAUAAAUGACGCAACAUGAAAUGACAAAAUUAACAACCAGCCUUUACAUAUAUUUUCAGACACACUGUCUACAACCUGACAAAAAGGUGAAAGAAAUUUCAUUUAUUUUGAUCCCUUGAUUCACUCCUGUGAAGUGUUUCUUGCUUCUAUUUAUUGCAGUCAUGUAGUUUUAAACUAUUUUAUGUUCACGGCCUAUUGGAAGAAUUUAACAGUUUGAUGGUUGACAACUAUUUGUCAAGUUCUGCUGUUUACAAGAGAAAUAUUCUUAGUUUUUCUGACUAAAACAGCAAAGAUGCCAAUUCUCUUUCCCUUAUUAGUUUAAUUUUAAAUUCCAAAUGUAAAAUUUACUAACAAAACAUUAUUUUUAAUAUAAAUUAAGGAAAUAGAGCAAUAUAUAUCAACAGUUUUCCUUCAUGAAACAAUAAAACUUUAAAAACACUGAAUUCAAUCAGCUUUUAUUGCAGCUUUUACGUUUUUAAGUAAAUCUUACUUUAGUUGUAUUUAAGUUGAUAAAUCCCCAGUUUUUAUUGUCUUUUCUGAUUUACAGUGUUUUGUUUUACUCUUCAACUGUUACUCUGUACUCUAAGUUCAUAACAAUAAUACCACCCUACAUAUGUAGAUUAUAACUUUUUAUUAAAGGGAUCUCAACCAGCCCCAAAAAACCUGGCGAUUUUACUUUAGGAUCGAUUGAAGAACAUGCAUUAACAUUUUAUUUAUACAUUUCAAUCUGCCAUUGUUCCCAAAUAAGUAAGUAAACAAUAAUUAAAAAAGACUUUCUCAUUGCAGAACAGAGAGCAACUCUGCAAGGCCAAAGGGUCAGAGAAGAAACGUUCUGAGAAUUGAGGCUUAAAAUAAGUUGCAGUUUGAACCAGUUCAGGAAUUAGACCUCUUAAAGGUCACAUCAGUCACACUGCUGCUCCACGUUUUGCUUUCUAAUCGUUGGCCGCACGUUUAGCCAGGUACUUACCUGUUAAGCCUCUCUGACGGUGGGAGGUCAGGAGUAGAAGGAAAAAACAGAGCGGACGUGAUGCUGUGCAGCCAGUAGCAACACAAGUGGGGCACAGGAGAAGGACGAGGAGCUGCUCGACUUCUGACAGGUUUCUCACCGUUCGGACUGAGGAUAAGGUAAGAAAACUGCAGUGAAGUAACUGAAGAUGCUGAAAGCAGCUUACAUUGAUGGUGACAGACAGCAGUUGAAGUUUGAUAAUGAAUCAUUUAUUGCAAUAUUGGUCAACAGACCAAAACAUGCAUGCAGAUAUGCAAGUAAAAUGUGCAGAUCAAGAGUGGACACACAGUUUAUUUAUAUUCAUCUACAGCAUGUCCACAGGAGACAGGACCGCUUCUACAACGUCCGUCGACUCCGCCUCAACAGAAGGCAAAGAUGGACCCUCACCUUCAGGUUCCGUCUCUGAAGCGCCCAAGAAAGCAUCAAGGAAGUCCAGCAAAAAGAACAUGGAGAAUAAGACAAAAGUCUACAACUCUGUUCUCGACAGUGUUUUUGGUGCGGACAGAGAAUUGGCUCAGGCUGAAAUAGACGAGCUCCACGAGGCCUUUAAGGAGUUCGACUACGACCAAGACGGCUACCUGAACUACAAGGAUGUGGCUGAAUGCAUGAGGACAAUGGGAUACAUGCCCACUGAGAUGGAGCUGCUGGAGAUAGUCCAGCAGAUCAAGAUGAGAAUGGGUGGGCUGAUGGACUUUGAAGACUUUACUGAACUGAUGGGACCAAGGAUGAUGGGAGAAACCGCUCACAUGCUGGGACUCAAGGAGCUCCAGUCGGCCUUCGUACAGUUUGACCUCGAUGGAGACGGAAAGAUCAACCCAGAGGAGAUGAAGGAGGCAGUUAAGAGUCUGCUGGGGGAGAAGCUGAAGAAAGGAGAACUGGAAGAGAUCCUGAAGGAGCUGGACAUUAAUGCAGAUGGAAGCAUCGACUUUGAAGAGUUUGUCAUGAUGCUCUCCAUUCGUUAAUCGUUCGUCUGUGAAUCAGCAGUAAAUGCAGUCGCAAUUUUUGUAACGUGUUUGUGAUGUAGGGGUAGACUUCUAUCACAUAAUGUGUGCCUAACUAUGUAAGAAUUGUGUAAAUGAUGAAUUAUUCAGAAAGUGGGAAUGACACUGUAAUUCCUGUGUGGCAUCAAAUGCUAAUUUAGUCGAUACACGAACCUUUUGAUGUGAUCUGUAAAUACGACUGAAAUAUUUUGCUAUUUUAAUAAAGAAAUUCAAACAUU